AUGGCCAGCCGUUCUUACCGCAUCAGCUCUAGCUGCAGUGCCCGGAAUUUCAGCUCCCGCUCUGCGGUCUUGCCCAAGCCUGGGACUCACAAUUAUGUCAGCGCCAUUGCCUAUCGUGGAGGCAGUCCUGGGGGGCCGGGUUACAGGCGUCUCAGCGGCUUUGGCAGCCGGAGCCUGUGUGCAGUGGGGUCUCCCCGGAUGGCGGUGAGCUGUGCGCGGCCCCUGAGAAGUGGGGGCAGCUUUGGCUAUCGGGCAGGAGGCCUUUGUGGGCCCAUUCCCCCCUGCAUCACCUCCGUGACAGUCAACGAGAGCCUGCUCACACCCCUCAACCUGGAGAUCGACCCCAACGCGCAGUGCGUGAAGCAUGAAGAGAAGGAACAGAUCAAGUGUCUCAACAACAAGUUUGCUGCCUUCAUUGACAAGGUGCGGUUCCUGGAACAGCAGAAUAAGCUUCUGGAGACCAAGUGGCAGUUCUACCAGAACCAGCGCUGCUGUGAGAGUAACCUGGAACCCCUGUUCAAUGGCUACAUGGAGACGCUGAAGCGAGAGGCUGAGUGUGUCGAGGCUGACAGUGGGAGGCUGUCCUCGGAGCUCAACCACGUGCAGGAGGCGCUGGAGGGCUACAAGAGGAAGUAUGAAGAAGAGGUAGCGCUCAGGGCCACGGCUGAGAAUGAGUUUGUGGUGCUGAAGAAGGAUGUGGACUGUGCCUAUCUGCGCAAGGCGGACCUGGAGGCCAAUGUGGAAGCUCUGAGGGAGGAGAUUGGCUUUCUGCAGUCCCUGUAUCAGGAGGAAAUUUGUCUCCUUCAGUCACAAAUCUCAGACACCUCAGUAGUGGUAAAGAUGGACAACAGCCGGGAGCUCAACAUGGACUCAGUGGUGGCUGAAAUUAAGGCUCAGUACGAUGACAUCGCCAGUUGCAGCAGGGCUGAAGUCGAAUCCUGGUACCAAACCAAGUGUGAAGAGAUGAAGACCACAGUGACCCAGCAGGGCGAGAGCCUCCGCAAAACUAAGGAUGAACUCAACGAGCUGAACCGUCUGAUUCAGAGGCUGACGGCUGAGGUGGAGAAUGCCAAGCAACAGCGUGCCAAACUGGAGGCUGCGGUGGCUGAGGCAGAGCAGCAGGGUGAGGCAGCGCUCAGUGAUGCCCGCUGCAAGCUGGCUGGGCUGGAGGAGGCCCUGCAGAAGGCUAAGCAGGACAUGGCCUGCCUGCUCAAGGAGUACCAGGAGGUGAUGAACUCCAAACUGGGCCUGGAUGUAGAGAUCGCCACCUACCGCAAACUGCUGGAGGGCGAGGAGAGCAGGUUGUGUGAAGGCGUGGGCUCUGUCAACAUCUGUGUGAGCCGUUCCCAUGGUGGCGUGGUUUGCGGGGACCUCAGUUCCACAGUCUCUCGUGGUCUAGGGGGCAUGACCAUCAGCAGCAGCGGCCUCUGCUCCCCCUCUGUAAUGGGGGGCUACUCCAGUGCAAGAUCUGUGCGGUUUGCAUAG